ACGACGAGCCACCAGAGAUCACGUACAUCGUGGUCGACUCGGGUACUCUAACGUUGCAAAAGAUGACACCCACCCUGCCCAUGCCCGAAAAGCCUGAAUUGGACAGACUAUUCGCCGAGUUGGUUGAAGAACUUGAUUUAACUGCUACCAAUAAAGCAGCUAUGCUGGAACUUCCCGAAGAAAAGAAAUGGCAAAUUUAUUGCAGCAAAAAAAAGAUAUUAGAGGAUCAAGAAAAUACAACAGAUCUUUCACAAUCGCCUGAAAAUUACAUUGAACGUAUACAAUCGUUGAAUGGGGAUGAACAGGAAAACAUCAAGUUAUUUGAUUCUCUAAAGACUGCUCUUCGUACUCAGCCUCAUAGCUUUGUACUAAGAUUUGUCCAAGCUGAUGGAUUAGUUACCCUUUUAGGAGUUUUGUCAUCUAUGAAUUAUGAUACUCAACAAGGAACUAUGCACACAUCAAUUAUUGGAUGUAUAAAAGCCCUUAUGAAUAACUCUACUGGAAGAUCUCACGUGCUAGCACAUCCAUCCGCUAUAAGUACCAUUGCUCGGAGUUUACUUACUGAAAAUCCUCGUACCAAAGUUGCUGUAUUAGAAAUUCUUGGUGCUUCUUGCUUAGUUCCAGGAGGCCAUAAGAAAGUUCUUGAUGCUAUGACAGACUAUAAGGAAUUUGCUCAUGAACGUGCCAGAUUCCAAGGCAUUAUUAAUGAUUUGGACAGAAACACUGGCAUAUAUAGAGAUGAUUUGACAGUUAAAACAGCUAUUAUGUCAUUUGUAAAUGCUGUUUUAAGUUAUGGACCAGGACAAGAAAGUUUAGAAUUCCGGUUGCAUUUGAGAUAUGAAUUUCUACAAUUAGGGCUCAAGAAUAUUAUUAAUAAGUUAAGAGAACAUGAGAAUCAGACAUUAGAUAGACAUAUGGAUUUCUUUGAUAUGGUCCGUAAUGAAGAUGAAAAUGAAUUAGCAAGAAAAUUUGAACAGGAGCAAGUUGAUACUCAAAGCGCUACUUCUAUGUUCGACUUAUUACGCAGAAAAUUAAGCCAUUCUCCUGCAUAUCCUCACUUUUUAUCACUUUUUCAGCAUUUUUUAUUGCUGCCCCUUGAGUAUGGAAGCCUUCCACAGCACUGGCUUUUGUUUGACCGAAUUGUACAACAGAUAACUCUUCAAACCGAUGCUGGUGCUGAUAAUGAUGUAUCACCAAUUAAUAUUAAUGUCAAAGAUAUUAUUCAACUUUUGGCUAAAGAAGAAGAACUUGUUGCUGCAAAAAAUAAAGCUGAAGAACUCGAAAAAGAAAAUAUCAGUAUUUCUGCUUCACUUGCUAAAAAAGAACAAGAACUAGAUUUAAGAAAUCAAGAAAAAGAAGAUAUGGAAGCCAGUAUUUCAAGAAUUAAAGAACGUUUGGAAAAAGAAAUAUCUAUUCACUUGGAAACAAAACAAAAGAUAUCUGAACUCGAAGAUACAACAAGUGAAUUACAGCAUAGAAUUACUUACGAGCAAGCGGAGAGGAGAAAGCUAGAAGCAAUGCUUACUAAUGGAAGUUUACCAGAUGAUGCUAAAGUCAAUUUUAGCGUGCCUCCUAUGUCUUCUAUUCCACCUCCACCACCACCACAACCAAUAACUAAAAGUUGUGGUCCCAUUCCACCCCCAGCACCACCACUACAAAUCCCUCAAUCAAAUCUUCCACCGCCACCUGGUUGUCUUCCUCAAUUAGUUGGCAGACAAAGGUCUGUUGAAAUUCCAAAACCAUCUGCUCCGCUGAAAUCCUUCAACUGGGCUAAAUUACCAGAAACUAAAGUGGCUGGCACUAUAUGGGCUGAUAUUGACGAAGGAAAAAUGUAUUCAUCUAUUGAUCUUGAAGCAGUUGAUAAACUAUUCUGUGCAUACCAGAAUCAAAAGCCAACAAAUGGCACAACAACAGCUAUUAAUGAAGGAUCGUCUGAAGAUCUAAGACAAACUGGUAAAAAUAAAUCCAAAGUCUUAUCUGUUAUUGAUGGCCGUAGAGCUCAAAAUUGUACUAUAUUGUUGUCCAAAUUGAAAAUGUCUGAUGAAGAAAUCGCCAGAGUUAUAUUGGAUAUGGAUACUAAAGAUGUUUUACCAUUAGACAUGGUUGAACAACUGUUAAAAUUCACUCCAGGCCCAGAUGAAGCAGCUUUAUUAGAAGAACAUAGUUUUGAUUUGGACAGUCUAGCCAGAGCUGACAGAUUUUUAUACGAGAUUUCCAAAAUUGCACAUUAUGACCAACGUCUUCGUAGUCUAGUAUACAAGAAGAAAUUUAUUACCUGGACCGGAGAAGUUGAAGGUAGAACCAAAAUUGUGAUGGAAGCUUCACGUGAAGUAGCUCGUUCUAGAAGAUUAAGAAAGUUAUUGGAAAUUGUAUUAGCUCUUGGAAACUACAUGAAUAAAGGAGCCAGGGGCAAUGCUUGGGGUUUCCGUUUAUCAUCUUUAAACAGACUUACUGACACUAAGUCAAGUUCUGUUAGAGGCAUAACAUUAUUACAUUACAUUGUUGAUAUGGCCGAUAAGAAGUUCAAGGACAUUUUAUUAUUGGAAGAAGACUUACCUCAUGUAAGAGGAGCUUCAAAAGUAAGUUUGGCUGAACUUGAAAAAGACAUGUCACAGUUAAGAAACAACCUGAAAGAAGUUGAACGAGAAAUUGAGUUCCAAAGAGUACAACCUGCUGUACCGGGUGAUAUGUUCCUACCAGUAAUGAAAGAAUUCUUAACUACUGCUACCUGCCGAUUUUCCGAGUUAGAAGACUUAUUCCAAGAUAUGAAAACUAGAUUUGAUAGAGCAGUCAGAUUAUUUGGAGAAGAUAAUUCUACAAUCCAACCUGAUGAUUUCUUUGCCAUUUUUGAUUCUUUCUUGACAGCUCUUUAUGAAGCACGUCAAGAUAACUCCAGUGUUAAAAAGAGACGCGAAGAAGAAGAAAAAAGGAUWAGACAAGAAGUGGAGUUAAAGAAAUUAACUCUUGAUCGUAAAAACUGUAAAGAUAGUGCCAGUGUUUUGUCAAAUGGAUCUGGAAGUCGUCAAGUUUCUAUCAAUGGCACAUCUGGUGACAAAGCAGAAUUUGAUGAUCUAAUUUCGGCCUUAAGAACAGGUGAUGUUUUUGGGGAAGAUAGUAUGGCAAAAAUGAAACGUAGUAGAAAAUCCAGGCAUUCGCCUMCAGCCAGGGAACAUAGCAGGGACAGAGUAUUAAAUGUUACUCGAAAAAAAUAAAAAAAUAAUGUUUUUAUGUGUAUUUAUUGUUUAUUUAAUUAUAUUAAAAAUGACUUAUUAGUAGUUCUUGCAUUUUAUUCUACUUUCUGUGAUAUACAUUAUGUCGUGUUCAAAAUUGUGUAUUGACUACAAGUCCAACCUAAUUGGCUUGCAAAUGCUCUCCUUCAUUUUCUUGUAUAAUUUUAUUCUUUUAAAUUAUGUUUAUUUUUAUUUUUUUAACUAAAUUAUUUAGCUGUAAAUUGUA